AUGAGCCUGGAUGAAAUCCUGCAGGCCAUAAGUACUGCUGUGAACACAGAGGAAGAAUUCCGUAUCACUGUCUCAAGAUCCAAUAUGGUGGAGCGAGGACUUGCACAGUGGAAGAGGCAAAAAAAGGCAUUGCCUACAAAUCAGCUGAGGGUCACAUUUAUCGGAGAGGCAGGAAUUGAUACUGGGGCAUUACGGAAAGAAUUCCUUACAGACAUGGUUGCAGGCUUGGAGCAAAGGCUGUUUGAGGGUGACCAGACUGGGAAAGCUCCAAAAUACUCAUUGUUGGAUCUUGAUCUAGGAAACUUCCGUAGUGCUGGUGAAAUUUGGGCAGUUAGUCUGGCGCAGGGUGGGCCACCACCCUGCUGCCUCAAAGACUGGUGUUACCAGUUCCUGUGUACUGGAGAGUUGCAGAUUGAGAACAUCAUGAAAGAGGAUGUCUGUGAUGCCCAUUACACUUCUGUAAUCUCCCAGGUUCAUUCGGCCACAGAAGAUGAAAUGACAGCACUCACUGAUGAAAUUUUGAGUUGUGGCUAUCAUGGACCGGUUAAUGUCGAAAAGAAAGAAGAAAUUCUUCGUGCUGUUGUUCUUCAUGCCACACUUCGGUUGGUGCCUCUGCUCUCACAGCUACGUGAUGGCCUUAACCUUUAUGGUCUUACUAAUCUACUGAAGCAGUACCCAAGCAUCUGCCGAUCGCUGUUUGUCCCAGGGGUGGAAGUUAAGGCUGAUGCUGACUUUGUUUUUGCAACAUGCCAUCCUGAGUUCAGCGAGAAGGGCUCCAACAAAGAACAGGUGGAAAUGAGGAUUAUGAACCAUCUACAGGACUUCUUGCAAGAGCUGGAAUCACCAUCCCAAGUUCCCACAGCUGGUUUGGUGAAAGGCUAUGCUCUGUCCUGA